AUGAAACUAUUUAUAUUUACUUUUUUUCUUAUAUAUUUAUAUUCAAAUUAUAUAACAUGUCAAAAUAUUUUAGUUGAUAAUUCAAAUGGACUUCAAUAUUCGAAUAAAUAUAAUAAUUUAUUAAAUAAUUCUAAAACUACUAAGCUUGGAAUAAGAAUAUUAGAUACACAAAAUUCUUUAAUUCCAUCAAUUAAAACAGUUGGAAAUACUGUAGAAGAUCAUGCUUCUAGCUUAUGGAAUUAUUUAUCAACUGGUGCUAAAAUUGGGACAAUUAUUGGAGUUAUUGCUGCUUCUAUAUUUAUUAUUAUAGGUAUACUAUAUUGUUUAUGUUUCUUUAAGUUAUGUUGUUGUAACUGUUGUAUAAAAUAA